AUGCUCCAUCUGAAACUCAGGCCGAGCAUCCGACUACCACUGCUCCGACGGAACCACUCGACAACGAGCGCCCAGCAGACACUGGUCGAGAAGAUCGUCCAGAAGUAUGCCUACGACCAGCCAGCGACUAAGAGAAUCAGAUCGGGUGACUUCAUCAUGCUCAAGCCAGAACAUGUCAUGACCCACGACAACACCGCACCAGUCAUCAGCAAGUUCAAUUCCAUCGGCGCCUCAAAGAUCAACAACCCCCGCCAACCAGUCUUCACCAUCGACCAUGACGUCCAGAACAAAUCGCCUGAAAACUUGAAGAAAUACUCCAAAAUCGAGGCGUUCGCUCAUCUACAGGAUGUCGACUUCUUCCCCCCAGGAAGGGGCAUCGGCCACCAAAUUAUGGUUGAGGAGGGCUACGCCUUUCCGGGCUCACUCAUGGUCGCAUCCGACUCACAUAGCAACAUGUACGGAGGGAUAGGCUGUGUCGGUACACCAGUAGUCCGGACAGACGCUGCGGCGAUUUGGGCGACCCAGCGGACCUGGUGGCAAGUGCCAGAGAUCGUCAAGGUGGAGCUCAAAGGACGCCCACUCGGCGUGACGGGGAAGGAUAUCAUUGUUGGGCUGUGUGGGAACUUCAACCAAGACGAGGUGCUGAACACGGCGAUCGAGUUUGUGGGCGAGGGAGUGAAGAUGCUGAGCAUUGAUGAGCGGCUAGCGAUUGCGAACAUGACGACCGAGUGGGGCGCCUUGGCGGGUGUGUUCCCGAUCGAUGACACCCUGAUCGAGUGGUACCACGAUCUUCUGAAGAAGCGAGAAGCCUUGGCGGAGAUCAAGACCCAUUCUGGCCCACCACCCUCGCACCCCCGUCUGUCGUUCGAAAGGAUCGAGGCUCUCAGCCAACUCGCCAAGGAGCUUCGAGCGGACGAGGAUGCGUACUACUCCAAGACCUUGACGCUCGACCUCAGCACGCUUGUCCCACAGGUCUCUGGGCCGAACUCGGUCAAGCUCUCGACCCCAUUGCCCGAGUUGGAGGCCCAAGAAAUCGCAAUCCAGAAAGCCUACCUAGUUUCGUGUGUGAACUCGCGGCUUUCGGACCUUGCGGCGGCGGCGGAGGUGAUGAAAGGCAAGCGGGUGGCCGACGGGGUCGAGUUUUACGUCGCCGCCGCAUCCUCUGUCGUCCAGAUGGAAGCCGAACGGGCAGGCAUCUGGGCCACCCUAGUCGCCGCUGGCGCCAAGAUCCUCCCCGCCGGAUGCGGUCCCUGCAUCGGACUCGGCGUCGGCCUGCUGGAGAAGGGCGAGGUGGGGAUCAGCGCGACCAACCGGAACUACAAGGGCCGGAUGGGUCACCCCCUCGCACAAGCUUAUCUGGCCAGUCCUGCUGUCGUGGCUGCAAGUGCGAUUGCCGGGAAGAUCUGCGGCCCAAGCUCCUCCUCGGCCGCCCCAAGCUCCUCUAACUUGAAGCCUCAGAUCCAAAUCAUCGAACAUCCCAAGCCGACGAGGACCGCCUCUCCUUCCAAAGCAGACGACCAGACGACUGAGCCUCUGUUACCCAACUUCCCCGCCGUCUUCGGAGGCCCGCUGGUCUUCGCCCCCGCCGAUAACAUCAACACCGACGGGAUCUACCCCGGGAAAUAUACCUAUCAGGACGACAUCUCGCCGGAGGGACAGGCAGGGGUGGUGAUGGAAAACUACGACCGCUCGUUCGCGGAGACUGUACGGGACUUAUACCCUUCUCCUUCCACGGGAACCCUUCCGGCUCCCGCGGACAAGAACCUUACCGCCCGGGCCCAGCAGAGCCGGCUGACCGGAACAGGCGUCGUGCUCGUCGUCGGACAGAACUUCGGCACUGGCUCGUCCCGCGAACAGGCCGCCACGGCGCUCAGAAACGCCGGGAUCCCCCUAGUGAUUGCGGCCAGUUUCGGCGAAAUCUUCAAACGUAACGCGAUCAAUAACGGUCUCGUCUGUCUCGAAUCGAGAGAGCUCGUCGCUUUCUUGGAAUCUCAAUUCCUUCGGAAAGACCAAGAGCAAUCAUCUGCUGCUACUCUCGUCACUCAGUGGUCUUUACGGCUGGAUGCUCGAUCCGGUCAACUCGAAAUCUCCGACCCUCAGGGCUCAUCUUUGAAAGAGCCCGUCGUCUUUCAGCUCCAACCUAUCGGAAAAUCAGUCCAAGAAAUUUUUGUUGCUGGUGGAUUGGAGGGAUGGGUCAGAGAACGGAUAUGA